AAAGGCAGAGAACGUAUAUCAUAUAAUUUACGUUCUCGGCUAAAACUUUGGAACAACGUACAUGAGUGUGAAUUUUCUCGUUUCAAGUGCAGUUUUGGUUUUACGGAAAAGCUUGCCUCGACCUUUAACCAAUAUUGCGAAAAUGUCUAGUGAAGUUGAGAAGGCACAAACAGCGGGUGUCGCCGAAGAUACUAUUUUCGGAAAAAUUUUGCGAAAGGAAAUUCCAUGCAAUUUCAUAUAUGAGGAUGAGAAGUGCGUCGCAUUUCAUGAUAUAAAUGCUCAAGCACCUACACACUUUCUUGUAAUACCUAGGAAGCCCAUCAUGCAACUGUCGCAAGCAAGCGGAGAUGACAGUCAAUUACUAGGCCAUCUUAUGUUAGUAGGUGCAAAAGUAGCCAAAGAUCUAGGAUUAGACAAAGGCUACAGAGUUGUUAUAAACAACGGUCAACACGGAGCACAAUCUGUUUAUCAUUUGCAUCUGCAUUUUCUCGGAGGACGUCAAAUGCAAUGGCCUCCAGGCUAAGAUUUUCGAUAAAAAAUCAGAUAAUAAAAAAUAAAAAAAGAUCAUUAUAAAUACUCCA